AUGGCUAUGCGCGAUUAUGCUGCCGACAAAGAAAGCUUUAAAAGCUUCUUCAUUGAUUUCUGUCAGACGGACGAUGAGGGUCACAAGAAUUUUAAAUAUGCGGAUCAACUUACGAGAGUGGCUCACAGGGAACAGGUGGACUUUAUUGUAGAACUAGAUGAUUUACAUGAGGCAAAUGAGGAACUCGCUGAAGCUGUUAUCAAAAACACCAGGAGAUACACAAAUAUGGUGUCUGACGUGGUUUACGAGAUGUUACCCGAAUAUAAGCAGAGAGAGGUAGUAGCAAAAGAUGCUUUAGAUGUAUAUAUCGAGCACAGGAUAAUGUUGGAAGCUAGAAACCACAGAAUUCCAGGAGAGAUGAGGGACCCUCGCAAUAGAUAUCCACCGGAACUGAUCAGACGAUUUGAGGUUUACUUCACAGACAUGUCAACAUCAAAAAGCGUUCCUAUCAGAGAUGUAAAAGCUGAACACAUCGGUAAAUUGGUUACUGUAAGAGGUAUUGUAACUAGAUGUACCGAUGUGAAACCUUUGUUAGUGGUGGCUACAUACUCGUGUAGUGCUUGUGGAGCUGAAACCUAUCAGCCAGUAAGGUCUUUACAGUUUACCCCACCACCUGCCUGUACGGCAGAUGAGUGCAGAAUUAAUAAGACAGCUGGACAACUGCACUUACAAACCAGAGGUUCCAGGUUCCAGAAAUUCCAGGAGUUGAAAAUACAGGAGCAUUCGGAUCAAGUGCCAGUGGGUCAUAUUCCUCGUCAGCUGUCAGUGUAUUGUCGUGGGGAGACAACUCGUCGAGCUCAGCCCGGUGACCAUGUGGCUAUAACCGGCAUCUUCUUGCCACUACUGAACUCCGGUUUCAGACAGAUGAUUCAGGGACUGUUGUCGGAUACAUACUUAGAGGCUCAUUCCGUGAGCUGCAUCAAUCAAGCUGAUGAAGGUGAGUUAUCAGAAGCACUUACAGAGGAGGAGCUGGCGGAGUUAGCGGAGGACGACCUGUACUCACGGAUGGCGAAGAGUUUAGCGCCGGAAAUAUACGGACACGAAGAUGUUAAGAAGGCGCUGCUGCUGUUACUGGUUGGAGGAGUGGAUAAGCGUCCAAACGGUAUGAAGAUCCGCGGUAACAUCAACAUCUGCCUGAUGGGUGACCCCGGUGUGGCCAAGUCCCAGUUACUGAACUACAUCGACCGCCUCGCGCCUCGCUCUCAGUACACCACCGGCCGGGGCUCCUCCGGUGUAGGACUUACAGCCGCUGUUCUAAAGGAUCCUUUCACCGGCGAGAUGAUGUUGGAGGGUGGAGCGCUAGUGUUAGCGGACCAGGGCGUGUGUUGUAUCGACGAGUUCGACAAGAUGGCUGAAAACGACCGGACCGCCAUACACGAGGUCAUGGAACAACAGACUAUUAGUAUCGCUAAGGCGGGUAUAAUGACGUGUCUGAACGCCCGCGUGUCCAUCCUAGCGGCCGCCAACCCCGCCUACGGCCGCUACAACCCCAAGCGAACCAUCGAACAGAACAUACAGCUGCCGGCCGCGUUAUUGUCCAGAUUUGAUCUGCUGUGGCUAAUACAGGAUAAACCCAACAGAGAGAAGGAUCUCGAGCUAGCCAAGCACAUAGCGUACGUUCAUCAACAUUGCUCUCAGCCAGUGACGGAGACGAAGGCUCUCAGCAUGCGGCUCGUGAGGCGGUACAUAGCGCUCACACGACGAUACCAGCCCGCUGUACCCACCGCGCUGUCUGAAUAUCUCGUCUCAUCAUACGUAGAUCUACGUCGUGAAGCACGUAACGCCCGUGACGUCACCUUCACGUCCGCCAGAAACCUGCUCGCUAUACUUCGAUUGUCGACUGCGCUCGCUAGACUCAGAUUGUCAGAUGUCGUUGAGAAGGAGGACGUCUCAGAAGCAAUCAGACUGGUUGAAAUGUCGAAACAAUCACUGCAACACGUCGAUGAAAACGUUCAGAGAGGUAUCAGCGCCACGGACCGCAUCUUCGCGGUGGUGAGGGAGCUGGCCGGCUCCAACAAGACCGUGAAGGUGGCCGACGUCAUCGAGAGGUGUGUCGACAAGGGGUUCAAACCCGACCAGGUGGACGCUUGUAUCGAGGAGUAUGAGAACUUAAAUGUAUGGCAAGUGAACCAAGUCAGGACGAAGAUUACCUUCAUGUAG